GUGGUGGUGCAGUCGGAGCGGCACGGGCUUUUCCGGGCAGCUAUCUUCAGCCGCUGCUGGCAGGGCGCUUUGCCGGAGGUGCUUCCGCGGCAGUAGAAGAUGCCGAACAACUUGCUCCACAGUGGCUUGGCUGUGCCGCGGCGUCCCGUUCUGAUUGGCUGAUGGGAGAAUCCGCUUUCGCUUAUUGGGCAAUUGGGUAAAUUCGAAAAGCCCGCGCUUCCCGCGCCGGCUCCGCUCUUGGCGUUAUGAGCUCCUUUUGCAAGCGCACCUACCCCGUCUGAGGUAUCCUCGCUUCCCAUAGUCUUCUUGUCUGUCUUCCGAUCUACAAGGCUGCUUUUUGUCUUGUCCUGGACUAUCCGCCUAGUGACAACUGUGCAAAAAUGGCGCAUUUAUUUCACUAAUCCUAUUUUUGGGGUGUCCGUGCAUUAAUUUACCAAGUUCAAGCUAUGUGAAAGUCUUUCCCAUUGAUGAUGGAAUGUAUAAUGCAACACAUCCUAAAUCAUUACUGUACUGAUUCACAACACCGCUUACAUUUACUGAAAAAAUUGGAAGUCAGCAUUUAUGUAGUCACAAAUAACUGAACUUUAUUCAAGGUUUUGAGACAUUAUUAGCAAUUGCAAGAAGUUAUGACUGAUUGAACAGUUGCACUUUAACUUGAAUUUAGCAUUUUACAACCACGUUUUGUACACCCAAGACGCCCGAGACACUAACUGUGCUAAAGCUCUUCUAAGGAGUAUGUAGGAUGGCUCUUAAAAGAGCCUUUGAAUUGAAACUGUCGCUCUGAGGUGCUCUACUUUGAACUAGUGUACUUGGUGACAGCCUUGGUGCCCUCGGAGACUGCGUGCUUGGCCAGCUCUCCCGGCAGCAAGAGCCGCACGGCCGUCUGGAUCUCCCGAGAAGUGAUGGUGGAACGCUUGUUGUAGUGUGCUAAGCGCGAGGCUUCGCCAGCGAUGCGCUCGAAGAUGUCGUUGACGAAGGAGUUCAUGAUGCCCAUGGCCUUGGAUGAAAUACCAGUGUCGGGGUGCACCUGCUUCAGUACCUUGUACACGUAGAUGGAGUAACUCUCCUUGCGGCUCUUCUUACGCUUUUUGUCGCCUUUCUUCUGUGUUUUAGUCACCGCCUUCUUAGAACCUUUCUUAGGAGCAGGAGCAGACUUAACCGGCUCCGGCAUCUUACCAGCACUUGCUCACUUUCUCAGAACAGGAUAACAAAGUAGCGGCAGAGCUCUCUACUUAUAGGGCCGCUAUGCAAACACUAAGCCUUCAACUCGUUCAAUUCGAUUGGAUCUUCUAGCAAGUAGGCAUAUUCUUGCCGCUGAUUGGUUAAAAUAUGAUCCCUCGUCUCAUUGGUUGUCUAAGCAAUGGACGUUUCCAGCCAAUCAUCAAACGCUAAUUCCUCCCUGGGAAGGGAUAAAAAGGGAAGACCAGUGCCUCUAGGGCAGUUGUCGAUUGUAUUCGAGGAUUCUGAGUAAGUAGUUUUAAGCGACGAAAGUAUGUCUGGUCGUGGCAAACAAGGGGGUAAAGUACGAGCUAAGGCCAAAUCGCGGUCGUCUCGGGCUGGAUUGCAGUUUCCUGUAGGUCGUGUCCACCGUCUUCUGCGCAAAGGCAACUACGCGGAGCGGGUCGGUGCUGGAGCUCCUGUUUAUAUGGCGGCUGUAUUGGAGUACCUGACGGCCGAAAUCCUGGAGCUGGCGGGGAACGCGGCCCGCGACAACAAGAAGACGCGCAUCAUCCCGCGGCACCUGCAACUCGCCAUCCGCAACGACGAGGAGCUCAACAAGCUGCUGGGCAAGGUGACGAUCGCGCAGGGUGGUGUGCUGCCGAACAUCCAGGCCGUGCUGCUGCCCAAGAAGACUGAGAGCCAUAAGGCUAAAAGCAAGUAAACUCAGAAAAUCAAGUAUCUCAGACCUCUUUAAAUACAAUUUUAUAACCCAAAGGCUCUUUUCAGAGCCACCCACACAGUCAGAAAAGAGUUGUAUUGCUUGCUUUAUGAAAGUUCUCAUGCUGUUUUCUAUGUACUGAGUGUGUUAAGCAAUACGAUGUUCUGCAGCAAAGCCUUCAAACUUAAGUCUCGAAGGGGUGGUAUAUUUGCAUUCCAACUUUGAAUCCUUUGUAAGGAAGGACCGCUAAUCAUGUUUUUGGUGAGUUAUUGGUUUUGUUGGGCUUUUUUUUUUGUGGUAGGUUCGUUCCUGAUGUUCAGUGUGCUCAAUUGUCAUGAUUUAACAGGCUACUUAUGGUGUAAAACAUGAGGGCUGGGGUGCUAAAAAGCUGGGGGGGAGUGCAAAAAACUAUAUAGUAUGAAAAUACUGUUCCAAACCCAGAAAAAUACGAAAAACAAAUAAAGGCUUCCUUUGUUG